AUCACAAGGAAAAAGAAAGGAAAACGGAAAACGGCAAAUGUCGCCGUCACCGUCAGUUAGAAACAUGAGGUCCCAUGUUUGACCCCGCCAAAAGGACCACAGAAACUCCAGUCCAACACUUGAAGUGGCCCACACCGCCUUCCUCCUUCCUUACCAGUUUUCUGCUUUCCACCGUUUUUUUUUAUAAGUAGUAACGCCAUAUUUCUUCAAAACCGCUCUGAAUUCUGGUAAUUUAAGCGUUCUAACACUUUCUUCAGCUACAUAAGAAAGAUCACCUCAAUCCUCCAUUUUCUAUACUUUAAAUCACUUGAAAAUAUUAAUACCCUUUUCCAGUUGAUUCAUUUCUUGCAAAGGUUAGCUCAAGCUUCAAUUUUUAUGGACAUAAAAGAUGGAGCAUUUCCAAAACCAGGACCUGCUUGAGUACGUUGUGGACGAGUAUACUGAUUUUGAAGACAACCCUUUUGAUGACGUUAGGGAUUUCCCUAAGAGUGGAGGAUCUUUUGAUGAAGAUGAUGAUUUAGACUCUGAUUUUGAGGAUGAUUUUGAACUGAGUAAGGCUAAGACAGAUACAUCAGCCAUGGAAGCUAGAAAUGGAAAAGACAUACAAGGGAUACCUUGGGAGAGGAUGAACUAUACAAGAGACAAGUACAGGGAGACAAGGCUUAAGCAGUACAAGAACUAUGAGAAUCUUUCACGUUCUCGUGAGGAUCUUGAGAAGGAAUGCAAGGAAGUCGAGAAAGGCCACAACUUCUAUGAUUUUCAGUUCAACACCAGGCUCGUGAAGUCAACUAUUGUCCACUUUCAGGUAUAGACCUGCAGAGAUGACCUUCGAUUGUUUUUUAUGGAUUUGAGGUGAACUUUACGGCUAUCUUGUUUUCCUGUUUGUCCUUGUGUUUUGAUUUCGGUCAGAAUGCUAUUUUCAGUACUCCCCUAAGUGCUUUUGUGCUGCAAUUAUUAGGCUACAUAAACACAUCACCUUUCUUAUAAAUGGUUUAUUAUAUAAAAAAGAGUGCCCUUUUGUGGUGAUUAACUUUACGCUGGCUUUCUAAUUGGUAUAAUAUGUAAAUAAUGUAUUUUAUUUGCGAUUAUUUAUAUUCAUCAAAGAAACGGGAGAAUCAAUUGAGGUUGUAUUAAACCAUGGAGGUAAAAAUAUUUUGAUUUCUCCUUGAAUCACCCUCAGUAUAAGGAGGUUUGUGUCUUGGUAUUUUGUCUUUAGCUUCUGUCAAAUAUUUUUUUCCUUCCCACAUCACCAUGUGAAUUGCAUUGGGGAGUUGCAUAACAACUGUUGGUUGAAGAUGAUGUGGUUUUCAUAAUGUCAUGUAAAGGGCGCAAUCAAUCAAAUGUAGUUUUUUAGUACUCAUCCUUUAGGUGGUCUAGAUCAUCAUAUACUUGUCAACAAUGUUGUUUCAAUUUCACAUUUGUCGACCUGAAUUAGGGGAUAUCGACUUUUCCAGCCUCUCAUGCUUCAGCGGCACCCUGGAAAAAUUUAGUUUGCGUCAAGAAAAGCAUGAUAAUUACAUGAUACUUGUUUACCUCAAAUUGUUUAAAGUUUCAUAUUUUUCUUUGAUUCUUCUUAACUUCUAUUUCUCCAUUGUGGAUGAAAUUGCACCCGGCUUGUCAAUUUGGAUCUUCUCGCUUUUUUGUUGCUUCGACAGCUGGUGUGCAAUAUUGUUCAAGAUUUAUUUUGUAGUAUCAGUGUUUACCAAAUUUUGAUUAUGAAGCCCAGUGGGGCGUGUAAUUCACCUAACCUUUCUCUUGCAGAUCAUUUAACCAUUUCAAAUUUUCUCAUGAAAUCUAUUAAUAUUAGAGGAUCUUUACGGGAGGUACAACAUCAGAGGUGCAGAUAAUUUGCUUCAUAUAGUUUGUCAAGAUUGCAUACCAAAGAUGUUAUGUGAAAACAGUGGGAUGUCAAACACAUCAUGUUUUGGCUCAUCUUGUUAAUCUUGAUUGUUUGCUGAAGUUUGGGUUACAUGCACAAACUUUCUCAUAGUUUGUUCCUUUUAUUUUGAGAAAAGUGUUCAUUUUUAUAAAUAAGCGUUUUCAUUACUGGCACAAAAACUGUUGUGUAUCACAUUUUUUCUGGUUUAUCAAUGACAAUGUGAUUUUUCCUAGCUUUUGAGUCGAGGGUUUGCUCCCAACGAGUCUAUAUUCUUUAAAGUCAUUGGUUGCUUCAUUGUUGUAGUCGUUGAUGUCUAGUCUGUGGUUUAGCAUUUCUGGGACUAAUACUUUUUUUUUUUUUUUAAUUUUUCUCACGAGAUUGAUUGUUAUAUCUUGUUAAAUUUUCACAAUUUUAGUGCUGAUAUGUUUACUGUUUGUGUUUCUGAAAUGUUGAUUAUUAUUUGCUGCAUGCAUGAUUUGAUGGAGUGAGAUGGGCUCAGUCGCUUUUUUUUUUUUU